UUGCGAUCAUCAAAGGAUACACCACUACACACCAGUUAAUUUAAUCUAAUGAUAAAACAGAUUAAUAGAUCAAACGAUUAGAUGUUUGAGAGACAUGCUCAGCAGUAGUACGACAGAGGACACCGACUUAGGAUGGCCAAAUUAAGAUUUCUCGUGCUCUGUGCGAUUGUGCUUGGUGUUCUAGCACCACAAUUUUCUCAGGCGGACGGUGAUAAUACGUUCGCCGUGUUCCGGCAGAAGAGCUACUACUUCAGUAACUCUUUCAAGCUGAAUUGGUUCAAAGCGAUGGAGUACUGCCGGACACGCGGAAUGCAUCUGCUCUCAGUGCGUAAUCCCCAGGAGCGGGAUGCGGUCAUCGAGUACCUGGACAGUACGGGCUUUACUAAUACGCACAAUCAUCGGAUUGUGUGGAUAUCUGCCAAUGAUCUUGGUGAGGAAGGAGAAUUUCACUGGGCAACGACCGGCGAACGAUUAAUGUACUCCAACUGGGCCCCUGGCGAACCAAAUAAUGCUAAAGUUGCCGAAUGUACUUUCGAGGACUGCGUCGUCAUGGAAUAUUCCUUGGAUCUUAUAGUUCUUUUCAACAACACCUUCGACGAUCGCGACUGCCAGCGAGAAUACCAUUUUAUUUGCGAAACACUGUUGGAGUAGGUGAGGGGACUAUGCUUCUUGGAAAGGAUUUUAUUUAUUAGAAUUUGACCCAGACCUUGAGUGAUUUGCCCAGUAGCGUCGGGUUCCUGUAGAAAUUACAAUACAAUACAAUCAUACAUGACUAGAAUAUAUUAAGAGCGAAUCUGUUUAUGUGUAUAUUAACAGGGCUUAAUAAAUUUGAAUUCGUCCUUGAGUAUUUAUU